UCUGAUGGGAAGGGAGGGGGCUGGGGGGAGGGAGUGCUGCUCGGAGCUGGGCGGGCACUGGGAGCGGGGCCAACGCCGCGCAGCGCCGCUCCUCCCUGUACGGAAGAGGGGGCACGGCCAAGGGCCCCAUCCUGGAGAGGUUUUGCGGUGGGAGGCGGCCGGAGAUCCGGAGUCGUGAUGGAGCUCCGAGCAGCGGUACUGCAUGAGCUGAUGCUGAGCAGCGAUGUGAACCACAUUGGUGAUGAGGAGGACCCCAGCUUCUGUGGUGCCAUGGGGUGGCACAAGUGACAAGGACAGCACAGGACACCAUGGGCAGCUCUUCACCCUGGCUGCGCUGGACUCAAUCGGAGCUGGGCAGCCAGGAGCCCAAAUGCUGGGAGGAAGAGGAGGAGGAAGAAGACUUUGAGAAGCACAUGGAUGAGAAUGGUGUCAUUGGGCUGGGGGCUGCCACUGCGGAGCUCAGCGACCCACAGGACUCAGGUUCUGAGUGGGGACAGGAGGCGGCUGGGAGCCCAACAUGGGGGGAUGGCGAGGACCUGGAUGUGGGGUCCCCAGCAGAGCCACGCUGGUAUGCACAGCAGGACCUGACAGAGGAGGAGGAGGAAGAGGAGGAGGAAGAGCAGGGCAGCUCUGAGGAGGACGAGAGGCCAGAGGAGCCCUGGGGAACAGAAAGCGAUGGGGACCCCCAUGCUGAGACCCCUCUGAAAGCCCUGGGUACCACCACGGAUGGCGGCGGCACCUCGGGGCCUUCAGACUCCAGUCCCAUCCCCAUGACUCCCCCACGCCAGCGCCGAGGCUGGGGUGAAUCCAGGGACCCCAAGCAGAGCCCCCAAACCCUGCAGCAGCCCAAACCCAGCCGGCUGUCCCCCAGCCCCCGGCAUCGCAUUAACACCAAAAAGCUGAAGGACCCCACAGACAUUUGCCCAUAUGGCCGAGGGCGGCUCAACCACCCCCUGCCUGACCUCUCCAAGGUGGAAGCACGGGUGAAGGUGGGGCAGAACUACCGCCCUCCACCCAGCAGGGCCCUGCCCGCCCGUGCCAGGCCCCACGGAGGUCCCCUUGUCCCCAAAUCCCCUGCCGAAAUCGUCCGGGAGGUGCUGCUGAGCAGUGGGGAGGGGGCCCCGCCGCGGCCCUCCGCCCCCCCUGGAGUGCCACAGGAGCUCCGCUCCCCCAGGCAGGCCACUGCGCUGGUGCAGCAACUGCAGGAUGACUACCACAAGCUGCUGACCAAGUACGCCGAGGCCGAAAACACCAUUGACCAGCUGAGGCUGGGGGCCAAGGUGAACCUGUACGCCGACCCGCCGUGUGCCAGCCGCAGCGCCCACGCUGGCACCAUGAGUGGUGGCUGCAGGGUGAUGGCCUUCAGCAUCCCACGACCCAGCGCCGCAGCCAUCAGCACAGCCCCAAACCCGCAGCUCCCUGUGGGUGGAGCUCCAGCACGACAACCAGCAAAGCAGGGGGCAGCAUCCCAGCCUUGCUCUCCUCGCUCCCCCCUGGGGGGCUGCCCCACAUGUGUGGGGCCGUGCUGCUGUGCAGGACCACGGCUCACACAGACAUUGGCAGAGCAGACCCGCAAAUUUCAAGCGCAGGUGGAUUCCUUUGAAGCCUGGAUCCGAGCAGGGAGCUCUGUGCCACAGCAGCUGCUCCAGCAGCGGUUCCAGAGGCUGCAGGAUACACAGGACGCACUGGAGCGGGCGUACUUGGAGGCACGAGAGGAGCAGAGCCUUGGGGACAUGGGGAACUUCGACCCGGAGCGCACAGUGGAAGGGGACAUCUUCUGCCUGGGGAUGCGCCUGGAGGAGCUGAAGGAGCGCCUGGAGCGGGCAGCACCAUGGAGCCCUGCAGUGACAGAGGGCCCCCCCAGCACUGGGAAAACAGCAGGGGACAGUGAGGUGGUGACAGUGGGGCUGCCCCAACCCCUACAGCACAAGCAGCUUCAAGCGGAGGAGGACUUUGGGGAUCUGCUGCAGCAGUACCAGCACCUCAAGUCGCUGCCGGCAUCACUGAGCCUGGAGCAGCUGAGCCUGACGGGGAGCGCAGCACUGGAGGAGGCUGGUGGCACUGUGGCAGGGGACAGCGGUCCCGGGGGGGUCCUCAGUGGGACACAGUCACUGGAGGAGGGCACCGACCUCGAGACCUCUCCCUCGCCCCCCCCUCAGAGGAAAGCAGUGCCGCUGCCCCACACUGAACCCCCACACCCACAGGGGACCCAUGGCCGCCUGUCCCCUGUCACCACCCCGCUGCCACCAUCCACCUCCAGGCUCCCGUUGGCAUUCCCCGAGCCUUUGCCAUCGCGCACAGCCCCGUCCCGCUGCAGCAGUGGGACAGGGAGCACAGCCCCUCAGCGCCGUGCCCUCAAGCUCUGCCACCAGGAGCAGCGCAUGGUGUCGCCGGAGACGGACAGCGGCUUCGUGGGCUCAGAGAGCAGCCGGGUGUCCCUGCUGGCACGCACCCCUGAGCAUCGGCCACUGGGCACUGGGACUCAUGGUGUACUGGAACCUCCCGUCCCCACUCCCCUCCAUCCACAGAAGAAGGAAGCUCCGCUGCUGCCCCCCAGGAAGGCACUGAGGGGUCCCUACCCAGCCACUGAGCACGCCCCCCCCCCAGGCCACAGCGUGCCCCCCAGCAUCCCCUCACUGAGCAGCUCUCCACUGCGCUGGGCUGGCAGCCAGGGCAGUGAGCUGGGACCUGAGGGUGAUGGUGCUCGCUCUGACUCAGAAGGAGGAGACAGGAGCUGCACCAGUGGACACCCCACCGGUGGGACACCUGCCUCACCAUCCCCAGCUCCAGCUCACUGUGACCUGCUGGGAUCCCGCAUGGAGCGCGACCAGGCCAUCCGUGCACUGCAGGACGAGGUUUGGCGGCUGCGCCUGCGGCUGGAAGAGAGCCUGCACCGGUCCCACAGCUACCCUGAGGGCAGAGCCCCCCACACCCCCAAGGGGAGGAGGCAGCCAGCAGCCAGCAGAGCUUCAUUCCUCCGGGAUGCAGCACCCAUGGGGGAGCGGAGCCCCACUGCGCGGGGCAGGAUGACCCCGGGCGGCCCCAGAGGCAGAUGGGCAUCGCUGCCACGGGAUGGGACACCGGCAGACUUCACCUCCCAGUCGGACCGCUCGCUGCGUGCGCACGGUGACAGCCGUCCCCGAGCCGCCCCGUCCGCUCACAAACGCCCUCGCAGCCCUUUGGGUGCGAUGUCACUGCGGGGACAGCAGGCGGCUGAACGCCGGGAGCCCGACCAGCUGGAUAACGCACACGGUCGCACCGACACCGCGAUCGGGGGGACGCAUUACCGCGUGGCACCGCCCCGUGGGGAGCCGAGCGCUGCGCCGUGCCCCCGCUGCCACCCCGACGGGACAACGACGGGUGCCCCAUCAGUCGACGCCACGCGGCCGCAGUGCAGCAGCACCUCCAGGACCCCCGAACGCUGCCCAACGUGCCGGGCAUCACGCGGUGACACGGACAGAGCCGGGCACGCACAACGCAGCAAAUCGGACGGCAAAUCCCCGCCGGAGCCCCGCAGCCGCCCCCAGGCCGUGCAGCCGGAGCGGCCCGCAGGGUGUUGGUACCUGGCUGGGGGGCCUCCCGUCACCUACCUCGCCCCCGUCCCCGUGGUGCCUUACGCGCCCUCACUGCUGUACUGCCCCCCAGCCGCACCUACCUCAACCCCACACCACACCCGUUCCCCACCACUCUCAGACCUGGAGGAGGACCUGGAUCUGUCUCUGAGCACAGCAAUGGCAGCAGCACGCCGUGCCCGCGUCACCUCAAGACGGCUGGGCCAGGUGCUGGCAGCAGAGCUGGGCCGGGCACGGGCAGUGCGGAGCUCCUGCCUCUUCUGAACAGCAUCAUCCCAUCCCAUCCCAUCCAUACUGUGGGAGGAGGCACAGAGCCAAACCCGUCCUGCAUCUCCCACAUUUUUAUAGGUCCUACCAAAACACCGCUGCGUUUACCUCAGUGCCAAGCUGGUGCAGAAGGAGCCAUUUCCACAGCCCAUCUCUCGCUGUUUUCAAUGUUUUUUAGGGUGAUUUUUAGGGUUUCUCGGUACGCUGCACACACCCCCCAUCUCCCCCCCCCAGCUCCAGCCAGAGCCUGACCCCAUGGAUUGGGGCUGAGCUUGGGGUUUGGGUGCUGUCCCUACACCCUGCUGUACCCCAGGGCCACUCUCCUCUCUGCAUUUUUCCCCAGGGUACCAUUGUCAGAGGGUUGGUUGACCAUAUAUAAUGUGUGUGUGUAUCUAUAUAUAGGUACAUACACGUGGUUGGUUUUACAUUUCCAGCACAACCCUCAGGGAGUUUUUCCCCGUAACUUAGUGCUGCACAGCCCUGCAAUGUGCAUAAUGAUGCUGGGUGAGGUUGAAGGGCUGCAAUGAGGGGGGAUGUGGGGUCCCUCCCUGCACAUGGCUUCCUGGGAGGGUAGAAAAAGAAGAGAGUGGUAGUGUUCCCUUUGGGAUUCCUGAAGAAAUUGGGAGUUUUCUUUGGGAUGCUCAAAGAAAAGCGAAUUUUCUUUGGGAUUCUUUUCUUUAGCAGUGUGAUUUUUCUUUGGGGUUCUCAAAAGCAAUGCAAGUUUUCCUUGGGAUUCCCGAAGAAAUUGGUAUUUUCUUUGGGAUACCCAGAAGCAAUGUGAUUUUUCUUUGGGAUUACCAAAGAAAUUGGUAUUUUCUUUGGCUUUCCCAAAAGCAAUGCAGAUUUUCUUUGAGAUUCCCAAAGAACCACAGAAUCAUAGAAUUGCUCAGGUUGGAUUUCUUUGGGAAUACCAAAUCAACAUGACUUUCCUUUAGGCUGGUAGAGUCAAGCCAGCCCUGUGAGCCCCAGGCACGGGCAGAUCCAGCCCUAUGAUGGCACCCAGCACUCCUAUUCCCCCUGCUUUAUAAUAAAUGCCUAUUUUUGUAGCAGAACUGCUGUUGCACAGCGAUGGAGGCGGGGGGGGGUCCAUCCCCAUACUGAUUCAGCCAGAACCCCCCCCUCUUCCUGCCCCCAGCAUCCUCCAAGCACCACAUUUUCUUAGCAGGGGCUGUCCCUGUGUUUCUGUAGGUCCUACCUAAAGUGCCCAACUUGUUUACCAUCAGAUUUUUUCCUAUAAUAACUUAUUAUUGAGUCUUCCCCCCCCCCCCACCCCCUCCCAAA